AUGGCUAGUCAUGUUAAAAGUUCAAAAUUGGAGCAACCAUUCCUGUUCAUAGCAACUAGCAACUGUCACAACACAAACACAAACAUACAAUCUGACGAUGAAAGGGAUGAUAUCGCACAGUCUUUAUGUGGAGAAAACUUAGACAAAUCAAAUAACAUCAACCAAUUGAAAAGUUCUGUGAAACUUUUGCAAAGAUGUUUGGGCUUUAAAGUAGAACAGGUCAUAAGCCUUGGUUUGGAAUUAGAUGAGUUGGCAUCAAAACAAGGUGCAGAGGAGGCACGUCUUGUUCAAGAGCUUAACGAUUUAAGAGCGCAGCUUACUAAGAGCUCCCGAGAAAACAUCCAAAAUGGUGUUGAAUCUGAAGAUGACAUUCGGCAGCUCCUGCAUGUAUCUGAGCUCAAUGCUCAGAAACUGCUUGCUGAGGUACAAGCCCAAGAACAGGAGCAAUUAUCAAAUAAGAUUGAAAUUGAAAAGUUGGAAAGCCAACUCGCUGCAAUUGAAAAUGACCGACUCCAGCUCAAACGAGAACUAUCCGCCUUGAAAGAAGAGAUUCAUGAUCAGCACAAGGAGGUAGAGACUGACAUGCAAGAACCACAGAAAAAACACCAUCAGCUUGUUGAGUCACUGCGACAGAAAAAUAAACACUUGUCUCAUCUCUUGAAUGAUAUUGAGACAUCGGAAAAAGAAAAUAUUGUUUUGAGAGAGAAGCUCACAAAUGUAAAGAUCGAACUUGCUGAAGCCACAAAAAAUAUUAUGCACAUUACAGGAGAUAUAGUCACUCUCCAAAUUACCAAGGAAGAACUUUCAGAGAAACUGCGUCAUUCAGAACAAAUGUGCGAAGCUCUUAGCCAACAAAUUCAAGAGCUUGUAAGUGAAAAAGAAAAAAGAGACGCAGAACUCGAGUGUUUUGAGGAGGAAGUUGAUGUCCGUAUUCAGGAAUGGAAGGAAAUUGCCAUUCUGAAAGAAGGAGAGUUGAGUGACCUAAGGGAACAACUGACCCAUCAAAGUCUGAAAGGACAGUACAUCAUGAAGAACUGUGAGUCAGAACAGAUCAUUCUUCUGUCUCAAACCUUGCAAAAAAGGGAGUCUCAAAUUGAUGAACUUCAAUCUCAGCUUACUCAAGCCACUAAAGAUCUCAAUGAAACCACUUCACUAUUAGAGAACAUGCACAGAGCUUCCGAAUUAUCUCAGGCUGGCCCAGUUCCAAAAGAUAUUGAAGUAACAGAAAAACAAUUAUUAGCAGCAGAAGAAAAAAUUAAAAUUCUUGAAGAGAAGCUGCAAGAUGCUGAAAAUGAUGCUGUUGGUAAAUCCGAAGAGAUCACAAAGUUAAUCAUACAAUUACGGGGCUAUGAAGCAGGAGAAUUUGGUCUUACUGAGGCUCUAGCUCAAAUUAAAGAGUUGUCUCUUCAAAAAGCUGUACGUGACAAACAUAUAGAGCAGCUUGUUGAGACAGCCAACUCCUUGAGACACACCAGUGAUUGCUUGCAGGAAGAGAAUCUCACCCUCAGGGAAAGGCUGCAUAUUUCUCCUGAAGAGCAAGUUCUAACCAGUACUGUUGUACUAAAGAAUAAAGAACAAAAUGUUUAUAAAGUUCAACAGCAGCGUAUUGACCGCUUAGAGGAAGAUUUGAUUAGUGCUAAGAUGGAUAGGCGAUUUUUAAGUCAGCAAAUUUUAUCUCUCAAGAACAAACUCUGUGAUUUUCAAAAACACCCUCAAGAUGUUCAAAAACCAGGAAACAAGCAACAAAAUAGACAGCAAGCUGAUGCCAGAGCAGCAGCCAGGAAGAUAAGAGCUCUCCAACAAGAGCAACGUCAACUGGAUAAUGAACACCAAGUGUUAAUUGAAGAAAAUGAAGCUUUGAGGCAAGGAUUGCAUGAUAUUUUGGACAGCGUUCACAAUCAAGAUGGGAAAAGUAAUGUUCGACUAGAGUCAAAAGUUUUGGAACAGUUACUACAUGCUCUGGAUAGUCGACAUAUCAGUGGGUGGUACCAUCCUGCAAUGAGAAUACAGGCAAAAGUCAAUGCUGUAGAGGGGAGUAAUGAAGCACUUAGAGAGCAACUGCAUAGCAUGAGGGAGGAAGAGUUAAAAAUACAAGACGAAUUACAUAAGGCUAAACUUCACAUUGCAGAAUUGGAAGGAAACAUGACAGAAGCGCAGGCACCUUCACAUCCUACGGAUGAGGCUUGUAGUCAAAAAUUGAAAACUGAAAAAGAAUCUCUACCCUUUGUUCUUCCAGUAGAACUCUCUGCUCAAGGAUGUGAUCUCAUUUCAAAGAUGAACAACCAUCUUCUGCAAGUUUUACAUGAGAAUGAAGUUGAAAAAUCUCACAUGAACGAAACUGUGAGGAUACAAAAAGAGUUUCAGCUUCACCUAGAUGAUGUGGUUUCUCAACUUACUCAGACCAUUCAGCAACAGAAUACAGAGAAACAGAGAUGGGAGGAGGAGAAAUCAAAACUGGAAGAUGACAUUGUGUCAAUGAAAGCAAACCUGGCUGCCUCUGAAGCAAGAAUAAGUCAACUUAGCAGUUUGUGGGAUACAUUUGCCGCUCAGGAUGAAAUCAAAAGUGGAAUUGUAAAAGACAUUUACAAUGCAGUUGAUCUCUUGGCAGAAAAAGAGAAAUACUGUAGAAUUGCCAAGUCAGCUCUCCAAUAUGCUCAGAACACAAAGAAUCAAUGCAAAGUAACCAAAUCGGAAUGGAAUACAAGCAAAGAUAGACUUAUGAAACAGAUGAAAGAUCUGUUAAAAUUUAAAAAAACUUCACUUCUUCGUAUGACCGAUUUGCAAAUGAUGUCAAUAAAUAGUGUGCCUGUUGCAAGCUUAAUUGCUGCAAAUAAACAAAGAGAAGAAAUUGCUUUCAAGUACAACCAGCUCCUCAGGCAGCUUGAAAUAAGUGAGAAUAAAUCCAGUAUGAAGAUAAAGCAAUUGAUGACUGAGCUUGAACAAGAGAGAGAUGUAAAACACGAUUUAGCAAGAAGAUUAGAAGAUGUUAAUAAAAAGCUAUGGUCAAAAAAUAUUGACAGUAAUGAUUCAUCUCAAGAAUUGAGCACUCUAUUAGCCAGAACUGAGGCAGAAGCAUUAAGGGACAAACAUCAUGCUCAGCAUGCUGAAAAAAUGGCUGGAAUUAUUAAAGAGGAGGUUAAACUACUUUCUGGACGCUGCUCAAUGCUGGAAGAGGAAGUUGUUGCUCUUCUUAAAACAAAUCAAGAAAAUAAAAUUGAAACCAGUUUCUUUUGCCACUUGUGUUCAAUAAGGAACAAGUCAGGUGAUGAAGAUAGUGUGGAGUCUCAGCUUUCUAAGGCACAAGCAGAGGUGAUGGAACUACAGGUUUCACGUGAGACUUUGCAGGAACUUGCAGACAUAUCUCAGGCACAAGUACAAAUGUUGGAUCAACUUCAUGAAAGGUCUGAACUGCAGCUUGACUCAUUGCGACAAGUCCUAUACAAGCUCCAGGGUGAAACUGACCUUAGUUCUGAAUUAGUUCGUUUGAGUGAAGAAUUGUGCGCAUCUCAAGUAAGUGAGAUGUCAGCAUGGAAUCAGAUAACAAGUCUUGAGAAAUGGAAUAGUGAAGUUCUUGAAGCAAAUGAGACCCAAGCCAAAGAAAUUGAAGAAUUGAACAAUAAAUUGAAUGUAGAAAAGCAACAGUUUUUGGAACAGUUCGGGAAAAUGCAGGAAGAAAUAAUUAAUUUGCGUGGACAUUCAGAAAACACAUUACCAUUGCCUUUCUUCCAUCUCCUUGUAACUGCAUACACUCAAUGUUCAGCCGAGAACAAAGAUUUGUGGCAUUGCUUGCAAGACGUCAAAGAAGAGUUGUUUAGCUUGAAGUCUGACUCAGAAAAAGACAGAGUGUCUUGUCAGCAGACGCUUGAAUUGCAAAGAGCUAUCCAAGCUAGUCACUCAGAUGUGGAAUGCCAACGUUUAAUGGAAUUGUGGGCGGCUGAACUGACUGAGCUCAAGAUAAACGCUCUUAAAAGCACUCGCCUGUUGGAUACAUUAGAGUCAAAUUUAAAACAAGCUCAUGAGAGGUUACAGAAUCGUGAAAUGCUUCUCUCCUCAUUGGAACAGCAAAUGCUAUCUUUUGGUACAAAGAGACAGAGCAGAGACAGACAUAAGGAAACAGUGGUCAACCUCUCUGAAAGAAGUAGGUCAACAACAGAGGUAAAUAUUCAAAAUACAACAAAGAUUUUGGAACCAUCAGAAAAAGAGCUUGAACACAAGGACGAUAUUCAUGUAGAUAUUUCAUCACCUCAUAAAGUAACAAAUGCUUUGUUGGUUGAACAAGUGACUGAUUCACAGGAUGCAAAGGAAACCAAUGCAUGUAGUGAAGAUGACCAUCUGAAGGAGCAAAUCAAAAAAUACCAAGAAGAAAUUUUAAAAUUAAAUGAAAUUCUAAAGAGUAAAGAGAAUGAAUUGGAGUCAGGUAGAAAUCUCUUGAGAGACAUGCAGCAUUCUCUUCAGAAUAAAGAAGUUUCUCUCCAAAGAAUAGAGCAUUCACAACAUGUUAAUAGUGGGAUUUUGGAGAGUUGUGAUUCCAAAUUCACAAAUGAAGAUAAGAUUGCACUACAGGCUACAGUUGACAGUCUCCAAAAUAUCAUUGUUCAAAAAGAGGACACAAUUUCUCGUUAUCAGAAGUUUUUGCAAGACAUCCGAGAAGAGGAUGGGAGAAUCAUAUCAGCUUUACAGGAGCACUUGCGUGUGCAACAGGCAGAUCUCACUGCACAGGAGCAGGCAUACGUCAGGCUGAAAAUCUCCAUGCGCCAACUUUCAUUGGAAGUAAAUGGUGAAAAUUACUCUAAAGCAUCAUUGAACCUGCAUCUCAUGCGCAGCAAUGAGCUUGAAGAUGAAGUAGCCCUCCUUAAAGCCAAAGUACAGGCACAGUCCUCUGAACUUCAGCAGAAACAACAAGAAGCAUCGUACUGGAGAUCUGCAGUACAGCAACAUCUAUCCUGUAUUGAGGACUUGAACAACAGACUUUCAGAUAGUGGAAAUGUAGAAAAGAAACCACCAUUAUCUUCACCAAGCCAUGAAAAAUUAAUGCCGAGUCCCUCAAAAAGCAUUAUUUUAACAACUUCAUUGAACAAAAAUUAUUUUGAGAAACAGAACUGGAGAAGACCUAGAGCUAUGGAAGGAUAUUCUAAAGUGACAGAGAGCCAGAUUCACAUGCAAAUCAAUUCUGAAGUAACUGAAUUGAGGAACAAAAUUCAACAAAUGGAGGAGCAAGAACAGAGACAGAAAAAUGAAAUUCAACGUUUGCGGGAUCAAAUUCCUAUUUAUUCUAGACGAGUUCAUCAAUCUCAAGCUGGAGCUAUUCUACCUGAACGAGAAACCGAAUUACUAAAAAAAAUUAAGUCAAUGGACCAGCAGAUGGAGCAACUUAAGGCAGACCAUGAGAAAACCCUGUUGCAACAUACUCAACAGGAAUCCAAGAAGGUCAAGUCUGCAGAAAAUGUCGCUCGUUGGGACGAAAGAAAGAAACAUCAAAUUCAAAUUGAAAGGCUGAAAUCUUCCCUCCAAGAACAAACUGAUGAAACUGCCCUGCUUCUUGACAAAGUUGACAGAAUGCACAGUACUAUUCAUCGUCUGGAAAGAGAAAAGAUUGCUUUGGAACAUCAGUUAAAGAAUCUUCUUCAUGUGCAGCAAGAAAAGACCAUGCUGGAAGAACGUUUGAAGAAUUUGGAAAAUAAUGAACUGACGCAAUGCAUGUUUGAAGAGCUGCAAAAUGAUCGAGACAAAUUGCUGAAAGAAGUUCAAACCUUAAGAGUGAAAGGAUCUGCAUCCAAUGUAGAAAAUAAACUUUCCUCAACUAUGUUGUGUGAGUUAAACUCACAGAAAGAUGAAAUGUAUACCAAAACUAAAGCACAACGGGAAAAAGAUAUCUCUAGGGAUAACGACAGAAUGAAACAUCAAUCCAGCAAUGCUGCAGAGAGAGAUAAAGCUAAUUUACUUAAGGCAAAUUUGGAAUUGGAAUGCCAAAAUUUAGAGUUAAAAUUAGAAUUGGAAAAAUUACGAGCAGAAGCACCAUGCUUGCGUCACAAAGUCACUCAUCUUGAAAGACUUUUAAAUGCAACUCAAGAGCAGAAAAUUGCACAAUCUUCAGCACAGCCCUUUUCAGAAACUCUAGGCAUGGAGGAGAAAACAAAUUUGCAACAACUGGUUAGGCAUCUUUCUGCUCAACUUGAGGCAGCAAAUCAACGUGUGCAGAGCCUUGAAAACUUCUCAGACAACGGAAAGCUUGCUGCAUUGCAAACAGAAUUAAGUCAAAAAUCUUUAUUGCUUGGAAAAGUAAAAAUUUUACUAGAACGAGCUGCUUUUAAGGAAAGACAGUUAACUGAGCAGGUGUGCAGGCUACAGUCAGAAAUUGAUUUAAAGUAGGUUUUCUACAUUAGUCAUGUGGCAAGAAUUUCUUUGUACCAUAUCUUUGUGCGUAUUUUUAUAUUCAGUUGAGCAAUUUGCCUAUUGUGGCUUUUUGGGUCAAAUUACAAUAAUAAAAGAGAACAGAUACUGUU